ACACCAUGUCAUCCUCCACAGCUCAAAGCCCGAAAGCUACUAAGCCUGCGUUGUCUAGCAAAGCCAAAAAGCCUGCGACGGUGAAGAAGACUGUUACCACGAAGAAGCCAGCGACGGCCAAGAAACCUGCGACGACGAAACCUGCGUCCAAGGCAAAGGUUCCUGCAAAACCUAAAGCCACCAAGGACGUCGCCAAGGCCACUGCGACGCGUCCGUCAUGGAAAGAUAUCAUCAAGGAAUGCAUUGUUUUACGCAAGGAAGAUGUCCGCCAAGGAGUUUCGCGCAAUACCAUCAAGAAGUAUGCGGAAGAGGCCUACAAGCUCGAGGUCACUGGGACCAACCUGUACCAGUUGAAUCAUGCUAUUAGCACUGGUGCCGAGAAGGGUAUCUUUGUCCUUCCCAAAGGACCAUCAGGCAAGGUCAAGCUCGCACCUUCCAAGGCUGGUGGUUCGAAAGAGAAUUCCAAGCCACCUUCUGCAAAGGUAGAGACUGUCAAGAAACCGGUUGUCAAGGCUACACCAGUUGUAAAAAAAGCAGCAUUGAGCACGAAGAAAACGCUGGCAGGUAAAAAGACGACGAUAGCUUCAAAGCGUGGCGCAGCUAAAAAGGCUGUAACGGGUAACGCGCCAACCAAGAAAGGCAAGAAAUGAUGACUAGUAGUAGUACUAGUAGCAGUGACUGGGGUCCUUGUAACAACGUGUGACAUAGUAAUUUGUAUUGAUAAUAUGUUUUUUUUUAAA